GAUAACAGUGAGCAACACCCCCCUCUUGUAAGUGGUCUCGUCCUGCCAGCCUCUCGGCCUGUGGCCAUCCCAUGGUGCCGUGCGCGGGUUGUUAUCGGAAGUGUCGAGCGGCAAACGGAGGUGAUUCCUCGGCCGGAGAGCUCAGCUUUCCCCGCGGUUUUCUCCUCACAUUUACGGUGAUCUCCGGAUCUGGAUCCGCCGGAAGUGUGCUGUGAUACGAGGGAAUUUGGAACUCGCAGAAAAUUGGGCGCGGGGCGGUGAAUCACACGCAGAAGCGUAUUGUAUAACCGUAGACAGAGUGCUUCUGUAAGAAAAAACCGUGUUCACGUUUGUCGUGCAAAAUCGUGCCCUUGGAAAGACUCCAACUAUCUUUGCUGAUAUCCUUGGAAGACAGCUUCAUUUACUGUUCCCUACAACAGGUCUGAGGUUCAUGGUUGGAAGUUAACAGAACUGAGAAGAAAUAACAUCAAAGAGAAAUAGAGAUGACCUGAUGAGGAAUUCUGUUCCUGUGAAUAAUACCAACACCAUCAACUGUUGAGUACUCAUCUACCAUGUCUACAGGACCAUUCUAGCCAACAUGUGACUUCCCAGAGUUCCUUCUCUGAAGAAUUCUAGAUGGAGCAGUAUGCACUGUUGAGUGAAUUCUGUAGAAUUGCACCUUGAAUUCUGUGCAACUGUUUGUAAAUAGAAAACAGCAAGAUGGAGAUGAAGGUGUGGGUUGAGGGUAUCCAGCGUGUGGUGUGUGGCGUGACAGAGAAAACCACCUGCCAGGAAAUCGUCAUUGCGCUCGCUCAGGCCACGGGGAAAACUGGGCGUUUCACUUUGGUGGAAAAAUGGCGGGACAUGGAACGCCUUGUCCCACCCACGGAGGCACCUUUCAAAAAUGUUGCAAAGUGGGGCCAGUAUGCAAAUGACGUCACUUACUUUCUGCGUAAAUCAGGAAGCACAAAGAAGCGUCCCUCAUCGGCGAAACCCGCCCCGCCAGAAAGAACGUUCUUACGACAGAGCCUUCCUCCGAAGGCUGUAUCUAAAGAGGGAUUUGCCAACCAAAGAAAGGAGCCUUUGAGAAAAUCAUUGAACUCACAGGUAAGUGCCAAAGCUGACUUUGAGGCAAAAGAGUUUCAAGAAAAAGUGACGCAUCACCCAGACAGGUCGUAUGAUGAUCUGAUGAAGAUCGUGCGCUUCCAACAGGACAAGUUAAACUUUCAGAAGUGUCAGCUGACAAAGCUAGAUUCAGAAAUUCGAGACUACGAGCUGAUUGAGGAGACAGUGUCCAGCAACCAAAGCCAGGAGCUAGGCAGACUUGAAUCUCUCGGUAAAGAGUACGAGAGGCAGCUGCAGUCCCUGGAAAUAGUGGAAAUGGAACUAGCCAGGGAGCUAGCAGAACGGGACAGGCUGCAGACAGACAUCACCAGAGUUCAGGCGCAGAUUGCAGACACAGAGAAACAGCUGCAGCAGUUCUUAGCAAAGGUGGACAAGCUGAUGCAGGAGAUCGACCAGGAAAAGGAGAAGCAAAAAAUCAGUAACGAAAGUGCCAAAGAGCAGGAGCAGCAGCUGAGUGCAGAGAUCCAGGACUUGAAGAAGGAGAUCGCCCAGCAACUGGAAGAGCACAACCGCUACUCCAAGGAGCUCUCCCAGGUGGAGGAACAAAUCAAAGAUGUGGAAAACGAGAUAGACCAAAAGAACAAGAACCUGGAAGUUUUGGGGAAGGAACUGAAGAACGUGAACUUCCAGGACUUUGUGAAGACUACAGGGUACAUAGUGGAGGUACCACCAACAGCAACUAAUGGAGACUCGCCACCAACAGAUGUAGAUGUGCCAAACAAAACUACACCGACACAAGACCCCAAGACACAGGACACAAAGACAGUCCUUGUGACAUCGCGGCCCAACAGUGCCAGGAAGAUCCUGAACCCACGAGAACUCCAGUCUGCUGUUCCCACCACAAGAAACCCAGAGGGGAUAUGGGUGUAGGAGGAGGGCUCAGCUUAGAUCGGCAUUCACACAUCGUGUUAUCCCCCGGUAGGGAACAGGGUCCAAGUUCACAUGUUGUACCUCUGGAGUAGGUCAAAGCACCUGAUCAUCCAAUCAUGUUUAAAUGAUGCUUAAUAUGAAAAUCAUACCUGCUGUUGUGCAACCAUGAUGUGCUGCAAUUAGUGUACUAAACUCCAGUUCACUUCAUGUAGUCUCUGUCACUGAGCCCGGAGGUACCCGGUACGUGCUGUACUGAGAUGUACUGCCCUCUAGUGAUGUACAUGUGAACUACACUACAUAUACAAUAAUGACUGUCUAAGACUUGUUUAGUCCAGGGUCUGCUUUAGUCUUAAAUGUCAAGCAGAGUAUAGAUCAUGAUUGAUGACUGCAAUGCAUUGAUAGAAUAAAAAUUGAAUAUGUCCACAUUUUCCAAUAUCCAUGUACUAGUUGCCAACUUACGCAUUUUGCUACCUUCUGAAGGGUGGGAGUGCUGGUUAAGAUGAUUUAUAUGAAUGAAAAGAGCUGUUAAUGUUUAAGAAAGUUUUACAUUUCUUAUUACAUUUAUAUCUACACUCAUUCACAGUCUCAGUCCUUGGCCUUUUAUCAUGGAUAUAUGGAUGAAAGCUAUUGUAUAUGUAUGUGCAUUUACCUCUUCUUUAUUAAUUAUUUUUCUUCCAGGAAUAAGUAAAUUCAGUCAGAGGCUCUCCUGAAUGAUCAACAUAUAACAAAUUUCAUUUUGAUAUUAUAUUUGGUUUCCUACAAAUUUUUUCUUUUAAGCAGAUUAUCUGAGGUUAGUUCCACAGGGGAAUAAUGACAACAGGAACCUCGGUGAGAGAUAUUUUGUUUCACAAAGUCACAUACUUAGGAAGGUUUACAAUGCCUUUAUAUGCACUUCUAUUUCUGUUAAAAUCCUUGUACUUAAGUAAAGUCAAUUUUGUAUGUUUUGUACUUUAUUAAGUCGCUGUAUCAAGCACAAUUGCUGAUACUGCAUGGUUAUUAUUAUAAUUUAUGUAUCAAAUACUUUGUACUAGGGUAUUAUAAUUUAUGUAUCAAAUACUUUGUAACCUUUGUACAUUUGUAAUCAUGUCAUGUCAAUACGCUGUGUUAUAUGCCUGUAAUUUUUGUACAGAAAAUUUGUACAGUGUUUGUUGGGUGGUUGUUGUACCAUGAAUGACAUAGGGGCCAACAGCUCGUUAAAUUGCAUGUCAAGUAAGUCAUGAGAGUGCAAGAGACAAAUAACUUUGACUGGUAGAUAUUCAUCAUUUAACUAAUGUGUUACAGCUUCUGUUUUAUAAUUACAUGAUACUUUGAUAGUCACUGCAGGAGAGUGACACGUGAAUGCAGACAUGUAUGUACAAUGUAGCUAACAUUUGGACCAGACCAUGAUAACUGAAGGGAUAAAUACAUUACAAUACCAAGCAUGUGUAGCUUUGACUCUCAUCAGCUCAUCUUUUGACUUUUUCUCUUAUUUGUAGUGGUAUCGUAGUCAAAGUUACAUGGAAAGUAAAAAAAGCAUCCUUACCCAUGAAGCAAAUGUAAUUUUUUUAUUAGCUAUGCAUGCGACAAAGGAGUAUGUCACUGUUGCCCAUAUAGUGCAGAACCUUGUGUACAGUAGAUGGAGUUUGGAUAUUGACCAGUUUCCAUGACAGACCAAGACUGUGGACAAGCUUGGUACAUGUAUUUCUCAUUUAGAGAAUUUGUGAACAGGUUUGGAUGAAAAUGAGACAUGGUCUGCCCUGUAUAACGUAUGAUGUGAUACUAGAGACAAUAAUACAGAAUACACUUAGUCAGGUACAUCACCUCACCUGGUACUGAAAUUGUAAUAUUGACAGCAUUGUUUUCUUCCCUUUAACUUUCUCGCUCCAUAUAUUGUCUUGUAUUAAUGACUGCAACAUUUAAUCUCAACCACGUAUCCAUUGUCUAGUUUUGGAAAUGCUUACAAUGAUAAAAAAGAUAUGUAUGAUACAUACACACAUAUUUAAAAACGUAUGCAUUUAACUUCACCUUCUCGAACUUGUUUCAUUCCAUAGAUUUCCAACUACCAUUGAUGCAUGUGCAUGGUGUAGUCAAAAUACCAAGUGCUGAAAUUCAACUUUUGCUAAUACAGUGUUACAUGGAAAGGCCACACUGACUUGAUUUCAUGGAUGACAUCCUCUGGAGACCCCAAAACUAAUGAGAGAGAGAAAAAAAAAUGCUUCUCAACCACAGGAUUACAAUGCUGGUAUUAUAAAUUGGACCACAGAACAUGGUAUCAAAAGAAACAUGUAGGUUGUUUUGUUCAUCUUAGCAGACUCAGCUGAAGUAAUUGAUUUUGAUAUGUUGACAAGAAUGAUCAAAGAAGUUUGCUGUUAGAAGACCUGGUAUAUGACACAAAGGACUGGAUGAUAUAUGACUGACAAUAAUACUCAAAAGGGCAGUUUGUCCAAGGGUUUGACCAAAUUAUUGUUUUGCAGUAAUACUAGUUUGCAACAAGUUUUACGUAAGCCAGGACAUGCUGACCUUUUGUAGCAAUAUGUAUAUCAGUCAACAAGUUCCGGACUUGCGUGGAGCCUGCAGAUGUCAUCCAUAAACUCAAGUCAGGGAGGCCUAAAUAGUCUCAUGUUGACACCUGUGCUACAGUCUACAGAUGUUGAUUACAUUUUCAAGGUGCAGUUGCAUAUGCUCCUAAUGUUUGAAGGCUAACCACAAAACUGGAUAAUGAUGCAUCACGUGUAUCUAAAGAUUCAUAUCUUACUUUAACCAGUACUUAAUCCCACACUUACAAACACUAUGUUACCAACAGGCACAGAAUCUCCUUUGUGUUUUAAAGUUUAGACUGAUGCACAUGUACAUUUUACUGACAUGGACUUGUAUUUCUAAUGUGGAAUGUAAAUUAUAUAGCUACAUGUAUUUCCUGUACUUAACCAUCACUAUUGCUCAGAUAUUUGCUUUAUCUUACUUUACUGUAAAGUUUGAAAUCAGACAUUAUUCAUUGUAAAACAUGUUGUGACAAUGGUGACAAUUAGAUUCUACAGGACAUGUUAUAAACUGAAGAUAGGUGGGAAAUGUACUUACAAUUCUUGACGUGCCAAAUAUGUAGCCCAGUCAUACAUAUCACAUCACCACCAUGCUGUCUUGCAAUAAAAACAUCAAAUACUCCUUA